AGUUCAAUUGGACAGCUGACUGCAAUGAAAAGGUUGAAAACAAAACUCACACUCUGAAUUAUAAAACUCCAAACAUGUACUUAAAUCAAAUUUAAUAUUUGAGCAGCUUAAACUUGAUCAUGACAGUAAGGACCCAAGCAACAAAAUUACAAAUUUUAAAAUACGAAAUGGAAGAGCUGAACUUUCAACUGCAAAACUCAACUUACAGAGGAACUUGGUGGCCAAGUAAUGAAGUUCACAAAGUCUAUAAAUUCACAAUCCAAGGCUUUCAAUAGAGAAAAAACAUAAGUUUGAUUUCAACUAUAUAGACUUCACAAUGGGAGAAGUGAAAGUGCUUGGAGCUUCUCUAAGCUUUUUCUGUUGCAGGGUAGAAUGGGCACUGAAGCUCAAGGGUGUAGCAUACGAGUACCUGGAAGAAGACUUGAGAAACAAGAGCCCCAUGCUUCUCCAGUCUAACCCUGUUCACAAGAAGGUCCCGGUGCUUGUGCACGAUGGUAGACCAAUUGCCGAGUCCCUUGUCAUCCUUGAGUACAUAGAUGAGGCAUGGAAAGGCUACCCUCUAUUGCCCGAGGAUCCUUCUGAAAGAGCCAAAAUCCGAUUCUGGGCAAGAUUCACUGAUGAGAAUUGUGUGCUCGGUGCCUGGGCUGCUUGCUGUGCCAAAGGACAUGAACGAGAGAAAGCUAUAGAGUCUGCACAAGAAUCGCUGAGUUUUCUACAAAAGCAGAUUGAAGGGAAGAAAUUUUUUGGGGGUGAGACGAUGGGCUUGCUGGAUCUGGUGGUGGGUUCACUGCCUAACUGGAUCGAAUUCUUGGAAGAACAUGGAGGCAUGAAGCUGCUGGAUGAAGAGAAGUUUCCAUCCCUUUAUGAAUGGGCUCAGAAAUUUAUCAACAUUCCAAUCAUCAGUGAAAGAAUACCAACAAAGGAAGGGCUGAUAAACUACUUUCAGGGAGGGCAAAACAGCAGACUUACUACUGGAAAAUGAUCAGUGAUUCUACCGGUUCUGAGUUUGACCUAAGUUUAUAUUACAGGAAUAAAUGGAGGGUAAGUGUUUAUCUGUAUCUGUCUUUCAAGGAAUAAAAUCCAAAACAAUCACAGCCUCUGGGAAAAUAAAUAAACACUGAUAGCAGCAUCAUAGACUACUAA